AUGAAGUUGGCAGCCUUCUUCUUUCUCCUCAGCCAUGCCGUAGCUGCCGUCAAGAUCAUCAAGAACGGGUUGGCGCCGCCGGAAAUAGUCCACACUCCCAUCUCGUCCAAACGUAAGGCUAUCUUUAUGUAGAUUGAAUUGACAUUUUACGUAAUGUAACCUCUAUAUAAUGCUUUACAUCAACAAGUAAAACUUGUAUAUAUUAUCAAAAAUACUUAUUUUGGUACACAUUAUUUCAUUAAAGCUGACAUUUCUUGCGAACUAGUUCUUUUCAGCCAGAUGCAAAGUCAGUGCACCACCUCUGGACCUGCUCUUCAUCCUGGAUUCAUCUGGUUCACUUCGGAAUCAGUUCCAAGAUGAGAUUGAUGUGAUACGACGAAUAGUAAAGCAUGUUACGAUAGGAGAAAGUGCCACCCGUGUGAUGUUGGUACAGUUCAGUGGAGUACAACAUCUUGAGUUCGACUUCAAUGCCUUCAAGGAUAGAGACGACCUUCUGAGUGCUUUGGACGUGCUCAGACAUGUCUCUGGUAUCACUCGUGUUGGUGGAGCUUUUGAGUUCGCUUUGUCAGUUAUGAAUCCUCAACAUGUAAGUUCAGAGUCACGUAGCGUCCCAUCACUUUACCAGAUCAAUAUAAACCUUAAACGAGUGUAACCAGUUACAGCGUCAAUGUUAUUAUAAAAUCGAAGUUGAUUACUAACGUUAAUAUCCUACUUUUAUAGGGUUUGCGCGACUCGAGUGUCAGAAAGGUUGUCUUCCUGCUUUCUGAUGGCAGAACUCACGAUUUCCCUAAAGACGCCAUAGCGGCCGAUGCCUUGAGGUCUCACAUUCCCAAUGUGUCAGUUUGGGCCUAUGGUACUGGAGAGUACGUCGCCAUGAACGAACUGAUCAAUAUAACAAAAGUACGUUAACAACAAACAACAUUUUAUGCAUUUUCUCCAUAUACGACCUUUUUAAAAGUUAAUAUACACCAUACUAUAUGUAAAUUAAACUCAAAUAUUUUAAAUAUUGAGACACCUCGCUUCAGGACGAAAGCAAGAUCAUAACCAACAAGAACCUGACCCUGAUCGAGCCUUUGUUCGACUUUUGGCACGGCGUCGAAGUUUGUGAAAAGAUACCAGGUAAACCAUCAAUAACAAUGUUAUUAUAAUCAACUUACAGAGUGUGUGAAAGGAUCAGACAAACCAUUGGACCUUAUGUUAGUGGUCGAUUCUUCUGAUUCCAUCGAGUCCGUCUUCAGGGAUCAAAUCAACUUUGUCAUUGAUAGGGUCAUCCACAACAUCAAUGUGCAUCCAGAAGCUGUCAGGUGUGUAGUUCAAUCAGAAAUUUCAAUUUUCAUUUUGAAAUAUCUAAAAAUUAUUUAUGGCCAACAAUUUCUUGUUUUGUAAAGCUCCUUUUAUUGAUUUCUUGUGACAUUUCGCUUACUUGUUAUUUUUUUAGUUUUCGGUUUUGAUUUUUCGAAAUAAUUUUAAUAUUUUCCAGAUUGGCACUUCUGACCUUUUCGGGUCAUGUCUUUACCCACUUCUCUUUCAACGAUCUCAAGUUCAGAGAUAACGAUGCUGUAGUAAAAUACCUAAAAGACCUUCAGGCAAUCAAAGGCACUACAUCAACACAUUUGGCGUUGGAACAGGCGUUGAACAUAUUCACUGACAAAAAUGAAGGUAAUUUUAGAGAACAUAUUAUUACUUUACUGACAUUAUUGUUACUUUUUACAUGAUAACUGGUCUUGCGAUAAUGUUAAGAAAAAAUGGCUUAUACUGAGUGUUCAAGCUUGUUUUCGACUACUUUUUACUUUUAAUUGUUAUAAUAUAUGCAGAUAUUCGACCAGAUGUUCAGAAGUUGGUAGUAGUGAUAACUGAUGGACGGUCUUCAAGAUCACCAAGGUUAAUAUCAGCCCGCCUGAGAGCUGAAGGAGUUAAUAUGAUAGCCGUAUCGCUACAUCAGCCUACUCAAGUUGAUAGUAGAGAGCUCGAGAACAUAGCUGGAAGUGCUGACAUGGUAUUUACCCCUAAUAAUCUUCACGACUUCGAAACUGCCUUCUUGAGGUUUGUUGGCUUCGGAUGUCCGAACUUGAACUUGGGACCUGAUGCUAGUAAGUUAUGGCAUUACCAUAAUAUUUAUUGCAUUAUGUGUAUAUUAGAAUGAUUUUUAAAAUUUUAACAUUAUUUCAUUUGGCAUGACGAUAUUAAUAUGAUAUACAACAUUUUGUUUUAUAGAACCGCGAGUUCGUGGAGCUACUGACGUCAACUGUGGAGCCAACUUCUUGAAGUUCACCGUGAGGACACAACGCCCAAUGAACGGUCUAAUGUACGCUCAAGGCUUCCAUGACAAACAAGAUUGUGUGUUGGUGGCAGAUGGAAAGAACAGAGAGUUGUCUAUCACGAUUAGGGAAGGGACUUGUGGACUGACUAAGUCUGUAUCUCCUGUAAGUUUUGGUAUGUUUGCGAUGAAAGUAGUACUAUCUAUUACUGUAUCUUAUUAUUAUUAUUGUUUUUUAAGUGAAAGACAAGAUUUUUACUUUACUUUUACGAUUUUUUGUACAGUUUUGACUCUCGUACCUACAAACCAGUUUUAGUCUCGCGAUGGUUACUUCUUCAACGCUACUGUAAUCCUACAGUUCCACCCCUUGAUUGUGACUCGAUCUGAUCAAGGUCUAGAUGUCAGUUGUUUCCAUGCCCAACCAGUCUUGGCCAAGGAAUUUGACCAGAUGAAUGAGAAGUUGCUCAAAGACAUACAAUGCUCAUAUCGCUUACAUCGCUUUUCUCUCAACGAUUGCUCUGCUCUCGAUGCCAAAGUAGGAGAGACAUUGUACCACAAGUGGGAAUGCGACAAUCGUAAGAUAUUUUUAUAUAUUUACAGCAGUGCUUAUUAAUAUAUGUGGAAUAUACUUUACUAAUACAUAUAUAAUAUAUUUUGUUUCUAUAUAUAGUAAUAGUAACCUUCUUUCUGUAUAUUUACAUACAGGAUGGGAACAGCUGUUUUUGGAAGACAUUACUAUUGCAAAUGGAAGUAUUAGGUGAUUGCAAAAGUUUCUGGCCGAUUUUUCAAAAUUUUUUUUUUAAAUUUUGCACUGUUCUAGAACUUUCUGUUGGCAACCUGUAUAAAGAGGUGUCCAAGGACUAAAAACUAUUGCAUGUUCAUGCUUUCUGUUGUUUACGUUAGUUCAAGAAAUCAAGGUGAAACACAAUCAUGUUCGGCCAGUGUUGUUUCUCAAAUUCCGCAAUCACGGCAACGCAACAAGAGCGACGUAAAAAAUAUGCAGUGCUGUAGGGCCUUUAGUUGUCUCUUACGACACCACAAAAGUUUGGUUCCACAAGUUCAAAAACGGUGACUUUGACAUGUCCGAAAAGACGAUCUGGUAGACCAUCAGCGUUGAAGAAACCCCACCUUCUGAAGCUGAUCGAAGAAGAACUUCGACGAACCUGUACUUAUUUGACUGUAGAGCUUCAGUGUGACCCUUCUACCACAUUAAUUAGACUUCACGCCAUUGGGAGAUUACGGAAAUUGUCGCGGUCUCAGAGGUCCCCAAAGCGACCCGACACUAAACCGAUCUUGAAAGUAGACUGGUUUAUUCAGUACGCGACCGGGCUUUUAUACCGGUCGCUAAACAAGUACAACAAGAGAUAUGCAAAUCAGUAGAAGUACAAUGUAUCAGUUCUUCUGGCGUGGGAUUCAGUCUUAGCUUUGGCACGUAGGCGAUCAGCAUUUCUAUUCUGUGACGCUAGCGAGCGGUCGUUCCCGAACAGAAAUAUGGUCAAGAAGUUCCACAUGAUUUGAACAGCGACCAGCUGAACGUCGAGUAGAAGUUUGCACUUGUUUGUUGAUGCUCCCAAGGAACUUUGAAUGGCUUGACAAUUUGGUUACUGGGGAUGAGGAGUGGGUACUGUAUGUUAAUUACACCAGUAAGAAACAAUGGCUUGAACGUGGAGAACAGGGUGUAUCAACCUCAAACCUGAUCUUCACCCACUGGAUAAGAUGGUCAGCUUUAGCCGGAACUCAACAGGUAUGGUGUUCUGGGAAAUGGUACCACAUGGAACUACGAUUCCUGUAGAUGUCUAAUGUAAACAAAUUAAAUUUGUUUUGGCGGCAUUGCAUGGUAAACAGGAGCGGAUCUUCUUCAUUCAUGAUACUGCUUGCGCCCUUGUGACAAAGUUGACCCAACACAAGCUCAAAAGCCUCGGCUGGACUGUGAUGUCAUAUGCACAGUACUCACCUGAGGUUGCACUAACAGAUUAUCAUAUGUUCCACUCUCUUCAAAAUCACCUUAACGCAACACGCUUUGACAAUCGAGAGUACCUCAAGAGGUGGUGGACUAACUUUUUCAAUUCUCAAACUCCAGGUUUCUAUAGAAGUUGAAUCCAAAUGCUGCCGAAGGAAUGGCAACAGGUCGUUUAUAAUAAUGACACAUAUAUUUGUUAAUUAGUUAUUGUUGUUUUUUUUUAAAUAUUAAAUUUUGGUAAAAACAAAAAUCGGCCAGAAACUUUUGCAAUCACCUAAUAGAUUACUUAAACAAGAACUUUUAAUGUCGCCUACCUAAUGUUAAUAUAAUAAGAAUUGUUUUAGCUGCUAAGUACAAGUUCUUGGUACAUGACUGUGUAGCACGUUCAGAGCGUCAUACUGUGAACAUUGUUGAUUCUGAUGGGUACGUUAACUUUGAAUUUAAGUAUUAUUUUGUUAUGUAAAGUUAUUAUUUUGAAAAGUUGAUAGAAUUGAUGUUUGUCUCUUUCAAUACAUUUUUGGACAGAGUUUUGUUAUAAUAAGAUGAUAUUGUAGAUGCGAAGUAGAUGCCCAUUUCCUGGAGACCCCUGACUACUCUAAGCAAUCUCUCAACUCUACCCUGUCUACCGUAUUCCAAGAGAUGAGUGCCUUCAAGUUCCCUGGCGAUGACAAUAUCCUCUUCCAAUGUCACAUCUCCUUCUGUGACAUGACUUCUGGGGCUCCAUGUGUCAAAGCUAUUGUAAGUUAAGGUUGUUUUAAUCUUUUUAUGAAUAUUUUUAUACAUAAGCAUUUUUGUUUUUGCUACCUUUAAAGCGAGAAGCUGUGUUAUUUACAAUAAGCUAUUUAAAAAAGGAAAUACUUAAUGCUUUAAUGAAAUAACACGUAGUUGAACGGUAUUUUUACUGUAGACAUGUACAAAGUUAAUAAGGCUUUCUAUUUCUGUCUUUAAUAACGAAUGACGUUGCGUUGUUGAUACACCAAACACAAUUUAAACCAACAGCAAACCUGUUCAUAACUUUGUAAAACUUCUUAUUUUUACUUUUAAGACCUGAAGCAGUUUAAAGAUUUCAAAAUUUCAAAACUUUAUAAAUUCAAAAUUUUUAAAAUAACGAAAUAACUAGCCGAAAACCUUUAGCCUCCUAAAUGUCGUGACACUUCGUCUUUGGACACUUCUCUGACUACAGGAUUAAGAAGAACGAAGCGUCAGACUGUCGUUCAGAAGGCCGGCUUUGACCACACCCUCAGGGUGGAGACUCGAACUUUGAAUGUGAUCGAGAACGAAGCCAUGAGGCCGAUCCAGUCGGUCAAGUAUUGUGACAUCAGGCCUUGA